AUGGCGUGUUCAAGAGGUGGUGGGUGGGAGGUGAAUGUGACGAGAGAAAGGAAAGUUGGGCCCCUAGCUAGUGGACACCGAAGUGGGUCCCACCUAAAGGAUAUGAUAAGCGAGUGGGUGGAAGGUAGUGUGGGGUGUGGGCCCAGGGGAUUUACUCCACUUGGGAAACGAGGAUGUCUAGAUUCUCCCUUGACAUUCAGAGCACUAAAAAUGAGGAGAAAAGGAAUAGAAAAUGGAAGAAGCAAAGCUAGGUAUUGGAGACAGGAUAGGACAAAGGACCUAUAUAUGCCUUGGGAGCCUAUGUUGGAGGACAUGGCUCCCAAAACUAAGCCUUGGUCUUCUUCAAUUGCCUCUCUCGAUAAUUACGCUAUUGACUUUGAUGCUCACUGUCAGAGAAGGAACCCCUAA